UUUGUGAAGUGUAUUUUUAAGAAAAGUAAUAUUCCCUGUCGCGGAAUCCGCAUCGAAUCGGAAGAAAUUGCCGGCGAUAGAAGCUAUAUGGCGCUGUCGCGGCAGCUCAACGGCGAGAGGGCGGUGGUGUUUAUCUAUAUUGUUCGAAUUCUUUCAUCCAUUCCUCUUAGUCUCGUGCCGGAAGGCUUCGCUCUCUGCGUUGAGAUAUCCGCGGACGACGCCUCCAAUCCGCUUUCUAUUUUCUUUAGAACCAGGCCUGGAGUUUCUUCUGGAGUUCUACUGGGUGCAGUCACACUGCCUGGUCUCCUACUCUCCAAGUUGGUACAAACUUUGAGAGAAAAUUCAUUGCAGCAAGUUGGAGUUAAAGAGUUUGAGUAUCUGAAGUCACAGUACUGGGCUGCAUCAUCCAGUUGUGUUGCUGUGCUAAUCUUCCUUUCCCUCAUUGGUCAGUGUCCGGGAAAGAGCAAUUCUUCUAUCUGCUCUCCUUCCAGAAGGAACCAAAUAUAUAGUUCCAUUUGUGUAAUAUUCUUUGUUGGAUCUGGCUUGGCAUCCUUAUCUGGUAAAUUAUAUGGUGGCUUGUCUCCAGUCUUGAUAUCGUUAUGGGUGCUUGGCCAUGGGUGGGCAUCAAUUGCACUAAUUCAAAAGAUCCUUGAAACAUUUCCAGCUUGUGCUUCUAUAGGAGAAUCUCUUCUAGUGACUACUGGAAUUGUUAUCUAUUUUGGAGACAUGUUGGCAUAUACUGCUUCCAAAAUUUCUUAUUUGGUGUCAUUGAAGGCACUAUUCACUCAAAAUGGAAUCAACAGAGGUGAGAUAAGCACCAUUAUACAGGGAAUGAUUUUUGGUCUCCUUCUUUUUUCUGUGUUCUAUAAAUAUAUUCUUCGAAUGGGGGAAUACUGUGUCAGCUCAAGAAACAACACAGACUUGGAAACCCAUGAGAAGAGAAGAUCCCUUGUUUUUUACGCUUUGCUCACUUUUUUGUUGGUAGCAGUAGUUCCGGCAUGGAUGCAAUUUGUGCAUACUUUCAACAUGCACCCAUUUUUUUGGGUCAUUCAUUUUGUUUUAUCUGAACCGCUGAAUCGACUUGCUCUAUGUGUCUAUUGGCUGGUCACCAUAUCUGUAUCUGUUAGACGGUUUUACAGCAUAUCAAAGAACAGUAAAACCGAGAGAAUACUUCUUCGUAAAUAUUAUCAUCUGAUGGCUGUUGCACUUUUUGUUCCUGCCCUUAUAUUCCAGCCAAAGUUUCUUGAUCUUUCUUUUGGUGCAGCUUUGGCAGUUUUUCUCUUGCUGGAAAUUAUUCGAAUACGGAAAAUCUGGCCCUUAGGUCAUCUAGUGCAUCAAUUUAUGAAUGCGUUUACAGAUCAUCGUGAUUCUGAUCUUCUUAUUGUCAGCCACUUCUCACUGUUGUUGGGAUGCGCAAUUCCUAUAUGGUUGUCCUCUGGUUUUACUGAUAGACCACUUGCACCAUUUGCUGGAAUUCUGAGUCUUGGUAUUGGAGAUACAAUGGCAUCUAUGGUAGGACACAAGUAUGGAGUUCUUCGGUGGAGCAAGACUGGAAAGAAAACAAUCGAAGGCACUGCUGCUGGCAUCACUUCUGUUCUUGCUGCUUGCUUUGUUCUACUCCCACUUUUAGCAGCAACUGGUUACAUUUUCACUAUGCACUGGUUUUCCUUGAUUGUAGCUGUAACCACGAGCGGGCUGUUGGAGGCCUACACAGCACAGCUUGAUAAUGCCUUCAUACCUUUGGUUUUCUAUAGCAUACUCUGUUUAUAAAAUGCAACAAGAAAGCAACGUUCGACGUGCAAGAGCCUCACCUAUUAAUCAUACACAACUUCACAGAUAAGUCAGCUUCUUUUUUCCUGUAUUUAAUACCAACAUAGCGUAAACCGGUCAUAAAUAUAGACAUGUGUUCUUACUUCUUUCCAUUUUAGGUAUAGAUGGAAUGUAUGCUGUACAAAUAGUUUAUAUAGUAUACGAGUCAAAAUUAACAUAUGCUACGUGGAAGCAACACGACUGCCGAGAAUGUAACCCAGUUUACUUUAAUCUGUAUAAGAACGUGCCAUGAUUUUUAUUCA